GAUGGAUUAAAAUCCUUCGAAUCGUUCGAUUUGAAGAAUUUAAUCGUUCGAUAAAGCGAUUUUUCCUACAAUUGUUCGAACGAAUGAAUAACAGUAAAUCCUUCGGCUUCGAUAUUCAAAGUCGAAGGAUUUUACUUUGACGGUCGAAUAUCGAGGGUUAAUUAACCCUCGAUAUUCGACCCUAUGUAAAUGUGCCCCUAUGUGUCUGCAUUAAAGCUAAUGCACAGCUUUUAGCUUUGAUUUUAGCCUUCGACACAUUUAGUUUAAUGUUUUACUUGGCCUUUCAAAUACUUUAUUUUUAACCAGAAAUUGCAUGUACUGUAUUCUUUAGUGAACCUGGGGAAUGUAACACAUGGUCUGUUUUUUUAGCCUGGGAUAAAAAUAAGGUUUUGUUAAAGCUAAGCAAAACGGUUAUUUAUUCAAUUACAUGAUUUCAAUUCUAAAGAUUACUAUGCUAUAUGUUUGCCUCUCACUAUUAAAAAACAACUAAUUUAUAUGUUUUGUUUUCCAGGAAAAAGAAUAAAUUACAUUUUCCCAUACUUAAGUGUAGGAUCUUGUGUAAUCUUAUAUAGUCUUUCCCUAUAAAUACGACUUUCUACUAUGGAUCUGGACCAGGGAUAGCCGAACUGCUCUACCGCUUUUGUAGAUUUAUGAUUUCCCCAGUGCUGUUUUUAAAGGGAAUCAGCAGGAGCUAAGACACUGGGUCUUGGACCACGAAACUGUCCUGGACCGUGAAACUGUCCUGCUCCCUGUGGGGUCACCAAGAGCUGCUGAAUUUUCAUGUAUAAUGUCUGAGUAUUUAGGGUCUGUAUUUUAAAUGAAAUAAUAAAGGCAAACAUUUCAAAUCACUUGAGUGGGAUGUUUAUUGAACUUUUAUUGGACAGACAAGAAAAGACAACAGCUACAUACAUUUUCUUCCAAAAGAAUCCAUCAAAAUGCGCUUCCAUGUCCAAAAGGUAUGUAUUAAACAAACACAUACAGAAAACUUUCCUGCAUUUGGCUAAAUAUGUUUAUUGGCUUGAUUGCUAUCUCUAAAUUGUUAUUAUUAUGUUUCUUUAUAGGCUCAUACUAGUGGCAUUUUUAGGGCAAGGCUGCACAAAUGAUUGCCUUUCAUCUUGUGUAACUUCUCAAACCUUGAACUAGAUAAACGGGAUAUGGCAUAGGUGAUUGGAUUUCUCGGUCAUCAUUAGAAGUUUUUGUUUAAAGCCCAACCUUUUUUCACUUUGUCAUGAUUGUUAAAACUAAUAAAGUUAAUGGUGUUAACACUAAGGGGUUUUGUUGCAUUAUUUCUAUUUGCCAUGCAUUUAUUUCUAUCAAACCAAGGCUUCCUCACAGCCAGUUUUUCAAGUAUUCAGGUCUUUUAUUGAAAUUACAUUUUCCAAACAGUUUAAAACUUUACUCUAAUUAUCUUAAAUGACAUUGUCAUUUUAAUUAUAACGAACAAUAUACUAUUUUCUGAAAGGCUUGAAGAAGAAAAUGGAUCUGAUGAAAAAGAGUAAGUACCAGUUUUUAUGUUAAGUCAAUGUUCAGUUUAAAAAACACCAGCCAAAGGUUGUGAUCUGUGUAUGUAUGUGAGUGUGUAUGUGGAAAAAAAGCCAAAACAAAUGUAAUUUACAAUAACUAUACAACAGCUGCUUUAAGAGACAUGUUUUUUAGAUAUCAGUGGGAGAACUUUAAGAUAUAUAUCUGAAAUAGAUUAUUUUAUAUCUUACUCUUUCUUAUUUAGCCAAUGUAGUGCAACUGGACAUAUGGAGCCCCUGCAACUCAUAAAAUACAAAACAAAAUUCUACAUUUCCUGUUCCUGUAUUUUGGUAAUGUCUAUGGCCACAGCACUGGCAUGUUUAAAAAUGUCCUUAUAAUGCUAUGAGACAGUAAAAAAGAUAAUGCACCUCAUACUUUUCAAAGCUAAAAUUAGCCAUAUAAAAAAGAUCCCUUCAUAUAUUGCUCGUUGUUCUGUUGUUUAUAAUAUAUGUACUCAUUGCCUAUGUUGCUCAAUUUCAGAUCCUUCUCCCAUACAAAACCUGUCUGUCUUAGAGGUUCAGAGCUCAAGUGCUAUUUUGAGAUGGAGCCCGCCACUUACUGGUGCAAGUGAUUACCACGUGUUGGUGAUUGGAUCUCCCACAUUAUAUAUGGAUCUCUCCUCAACAGAAGCCAUUCUGAAUGACCUGAUACCUGGAAACUACUACACGGUCAUUGUAACGGCUAAUGGGUCGCCAGUGGAAAUAUCUUUCAGUACAGUGCCUGGAAAGAUCAAGAAUUUGGCAGUUGUGUGUGUCACCCAGCGUACUGUCUCCUUAAGCUGGCAGCCAUCUGAAGGAAAUUCAAGUUCUUAUGUAAUGAGGAUCUUACAAUUUCCAGCUUUCAAAGGAAACUUGAUCUUAGAGUCAGUUACCAUUGACAAUCUGACACCUGGAAAUUUCUACACAUUUUAUAUCUCUGUUGUUGUUGGGGAAUCUAUGGUAGAGGGAAAUGACACCUCCAUAUCUACCUACACAUAUCCUGGAGAGGUUGUGAACUUGACUGUUAGUAACAUCACUACUAGUUCUGUGUUUCUGAGUUGGCUUUCUCCUGUGGGAAACUCAAGUUCAUUUCUGAUCCAAAUCCUUCAGAAUUCUACAUUUGAGAUGAAAUUGGCCACAAGUUCAGCUGAAAUUUCAGAUCUACAGCCUGGGAAUUUGUAUACAUUUUUGGUGUCUGCCCUUGUUGGGGAAACAAAUAUACAAGGAAACAGUUCAGAAAUAUCUGCCUAUGCAAUGCCUGGAAGAAUCAAGAAUUUAACAAUUGUGUGUUUCACCCUGCGCACUGUUUCUCUAAGCUGGCAGCAACCUGAAGGAAACUAUAGCUCUUACAUGCUAAGAAUUUCACAAUUUCCAACUUUCAAAGGCGUCAUGGGUUUAACUUCUGUGACUAUUGACAGCCUGACACCUGGAAAUUUCUAUACAUUCUAUGUUUCUGCUGCUGUUGGUGAAUAUUUUGCAGAGGGAGACAGCACCAAUAUAUCUAUCUAUAUGAAACCUGAACAAGUGAAAAACUUGACUUCAUACAAUAUUAGUAGCACUUCUUUGUCCCUGAAAUGGGAUCCACCAAAUGGAAACUACAGCUCUUUCCUCAUUCAGCUUCUGGGAAACACAUCAUUCAGUCUGACCGUGCCUUCAGAAGGAAACAUAAGUGCUUCAUUGGUUCAGAUGCUUGAUAAUUCAACCUCAAGCAGAAUUGUUAAAUCAAACGUUGUUAGCAUUGAAGGACUUACACCUGGAAAUAUGUAUACCUUCUUCAUUACAGCUCUUGUUGGGGAAUCUAACUUACAAGGAGACAGCGCAACAAUAGCUCCAUAUACAAUGCCUGGAAAAAUCAAGAACUUGACAAUUGUUUGUCUGACUGAGCAUACUGUUUCUCUAAGCUGGCAACCACCUGAAGGGAACUUUAGCGCUUACAUUUUUAGGAUCGCACAAUUUUCAUCUUUCAAUGGCAGCUUAAAUGCAGAAAAUGUGACAAUUGACAGUCUGAUACCUGGAAAUGUCUAUACAUUUUAUAUUUCUGCUGUUGGUGGUGACUCUUUUGUAGAAGGCGACAGCACAGCCAUAUCUACAUAUACUAUGCCUGGACAAAUCAAGAACUUGACAAUUGUAUGUGUCACUGAGCACACUGUUUCUCUAAGCUGGCAACCACCUGAAGGAAACUUUAGCUCUUACAUUGUUCGAAUUGCACAAUUCCCAACUUUCAAUGGCAGCUUAAAUGUAGAGAAUGUAACAACUGACAAUCUGAUACCUGGAAAUUUUUAUACAUUCUAUAUUUCUGCUGUUGUUGAUUCUUUUGUAGAGGGGAACAGCAACGCUAUAUCUACCUACAUGGUGCCUGGAAAAAUAAAGAACUUGACAAUUGUAUGUGUCACUGAGCACACUGUUUCUCUAAACUGGCAACCACCUGAUGGAAACUUUAGCUCUUACAUUGUUCGGAUUGCACAAUUUCCAACUUUCAAUGGCAGCUUAAAUGUAGAGAAUGUAACAACUGACAAUCUGAUACCUGGAAAUUUUUAUACAUUCUAUAUUUCUGCUGUUGUUGAUUCUUUUGUAGAGGGAAACAGCAACGCUAUAUCUACCUACAUGUUGCCUGGAAGAGUCAGGAACUUGACAAUUGUUUGUGCCACUGAGCAUACUGUUUCUCUAAGCUGGCAACCACCUGAAGGGAACUUUAGCUCAUAUAUUUUUAGAAUUGCACAAGUGCCGUCUUUCAAUGGCAGCUUAAAUGUAGAAAAUCUAACAAUUGACAAUCUGACACCUGGAAAUUUCUAUACAUUCUAUAUUUCUGCUGUUGUUGGUGACUCAUUUGUAGAGGGGGACAGCACAGCCAUAUCUACCUACAUGGUUCCUUCUGCAAUCGAAAUCUUGAUCAUAGACAAUGUUACCACCAACUCAGUGUCUCUAAGCUGGCCUAUUCCAUUUGGAAAUAUCAGUUCCUAUAUCAUCCAAGUCUUAGGGACCCCCUCGAAUGAACUGAUAGUGAAUACAAAUUAUUUUCUUGUGGAUCAAUUGAUACCUGGAAACUAUUAUACAUUCAUAGUCUUCACCAUAGCUGGGGAUAUGAAUGGCACAAAGACAGAGAAUUCUACAUUUACAGUUCCUUCAGUAAUUGCAAGCUUGAUCAUAGACAAUGUCACCACCAACUCUGUGUCUCUAAGCUGGUCUUCACCGAUAGGAAAUAUCAGUUCCUAUAUUAUCCAACUUUUAGGGAUUCCAUCGAAUGAACUGAUAUUGGAUACAAAUUCUACAAUUGUGGAUCAGCUGAUUCCUGGAAAUUAUUAUACAUUCACUGUCUUUGCCAUAGCUGGGAACAUAAAUGGCCCGAAAACUGAGAAUUCUACAUUUACAGUUCCUUCUGUAAUUGCAAACUUGGUCAUAGACAAUGUAACAUCCACGUCAAUGUCUCUAAGCUGGGCUUCUCCAGUAGGAAAUAUCAGUUCUUAUAUCAUCCAAAUACAAGGGACUCCAUCAAAGGAACUGAUAGUAAAUACAAAUUUUUCCCUUGUGGAUGAAUUGACACCUGGAAAUUAUUAUACAUUUGUGGUCUUUGCCACAGCUGGGAAAAUGAAUGGUACAACAACCGAAAAUUCAACAUUUACUGUUCCUUCUGUAAUUAUAAGCUUGGUCAUAGACAAUGUAACAACCACUUCAGUGUCUCUAACCUGGGCUACUCCAGUAGGAAAUAUCAGUUCCUAUAUCAUCCAAAUACAAGGGACUCCAUCAAAGGAACUGAUAGUGAAUACAAAUUCUUCCCUUGUGGAUGAGUUGACAUCUGGAAAUUAUUAUACAUUCAUGGUCUUUGCCACAGCUGGGAACAUGAAUGGCACAAAGACCGAGAAUUCCACAUUUAUUGUUCCUUCUGUAAUUGCAAGCUUGGUCAUAGACAAUGUAACAACCACUUCAGUGUCUCUAAGCUGGGCUAUUCCAGUCGGAAAUAUCAGUUCUUAUAUCAUCCAAGUACAAGGGACUCCAUCAAAGGAACUGAUAGCAAAUACAAAUUCUUCCCUUGUGGAUGAGUUGACACCUGGAAAUUAUUAUACAUUUGUGGUCUUUGCCACAGCUGGGAACAUGAAUGGCACGAAAACCGAGAAUUCCACAUUUACUGUUCCUUCUGUAAUUGCAAACUUGGUCAUAGACAAUGUAACAUCCACGUCAAUGUCUCUAAGCUGGGCUUCUCCAGUAGGAAAUAUCAGUUCUUAUAUCAUCCAAAUACAAGGGACUCCAUCAAAGGAACUGAUAGUAAAUACAAAUUUUUCCCUUGUGGAUGAAUUGACACCUGGAAAUUAUUAUACAUUUGUGGUCUUUGCCACAGCUGGGAAAAUGAAUGGUACAACAACCGAAAAUUCAACAUUUACUGUUCCUUCUGUAAUUAUAAGCUUGGUCAUAGACAAUGUAACAACCACUUCAGUGUCUCUAACCUGGGCUACUCCAGUAGGAAAUAUCAGUUCCUAUAUCAUCCAAAUACAAGGGACUCCAUCAAAGGAACUGAUAGUGAAUACAAAUUCUUCCCUUGUGGAUGAGUUGACACCUGGAAAUUAUUAUACAUUCAUGGUCUUUGCCACAGCUGGGAACAUGAAUGGCACAAAGACCGAGAAUUCCACAUUUAUUGUUCCUUCUGUAAUUGCAAGCUUGGUCAUAGACAAUGUAACAACCACUUCAGUGUCUCUAAGCUGGGCUAUUCCAGUCGGAUAUAUCAGUUCUUAUAUCAUCCAAGUACAAGGGACUCCAUCAAAGGAACUGAUAGCAAAUACAAAUUCUUCCCUUGUGGAUGAGUUGACACCUGGAAAUUAUUAUACAUUUGUUGUCUUUGCCACAGCUGGGAAAAUGAAUGGCACAAAAACCGAAAUCUCCACAUUUAUUGUUCCUUCUGUAAUUGCAAACUUGGUCAUAGACAAUGUAACAACCACUUCAGUGUCUCUAAGCUGGGCUACUCCAGUAGGAAAUAUCAGUUCUUAUAUCAUCCAAGUACAAGGGACUCCAUCAAAGGAACUGAUAGUGAAUACAAAUUCUUCAUUUGUGGAUGAGUUGACACCUGGAAAUUAUUAUACAUUUGUGGUCUUUGCCACAGCUGGGAACAUAAAUGGUACAACAACCGAAAAUUCAACAUUUACUGUUCCUUCCGUAAUUACAAGCUUGAUCAUAGACAAUGUAACAACCACUUCGAUGUCUCUAAGCUGGGCUAUUCCAUUAGGAAAUAUCAGUUCUUAUAUAAUCCAAGUACAAGGGACUCCAUCAAAGGAACUGAUAGUAAAUACAAAUUCUUCCCUUGUGGAUGAGUUGACACCUGGAAAUUAUUAUACAUUUGUGGUCUUUGCCACAGCUGGGAACAUGAAUGGCACAAAAACCAAAAUUUCCACAUUUAUUGUUCCUUCUGUAAUUGCAAGCUUGGUCAUAGACAAUGUAACAACCACUUCAGUGUCUCUAAGCUGGGCUACUCCAGUAGGAAAUAUCAGUUCUUAUAUCAUCCAAGUACAAGGGACCCCAUCAAAGGAACUGAUAGUGAAUACAAAUUCUUCAUUUGUGGAUGAGUUGACACCUGGAAAUUAUUAUACAUUUGUGGUCUUUGCCACAGCUGGGAAAAUGAAUGGCACAAAAACCGAAAUCUCCACAUUUAUUGUUCCUUCUGUAAUUGCAAGCUUGGUCAUAGACAAUGUAACAACCACUUCAGUGUCUCUAAGCUGGGCUAUUCCAGUAGGAAAUAUCAGUUCUUAUAUCAUCCAAGUACAAGGGACUCCAUCAAAGGAACUGAUAGUAAAUACAAAUUCUUCCCUUGUGGAUGAGUUGACACCUGGAAAUUAUUAUACAUUUGUUGUCUUUGCCACAGCUGGGAACAUGAAUGGCACAGAAACCGUAAUUUCCACAUUUAUUGUUCCUUCUGUAAUUGCAAGCUUGGUCAUAGACAAUGUAACAACCACUUCAGUGUCUCUAAGCUGGGCUACUCCAGUAGGAAAUAUCAGUUCUUAUAUCAUCCAAGUACAAGGGACUCCAUCAAAGGAACUGAUAGUAAAUACAAAUUCUUCCCUUGUGGAUGAGUUGACACCUGGAAAUGAUUAUACAUUUGUGGUCUUUGCCACAGCUGGGAACAUGAAUGGUACAACAACCGAAAAUUCAACAUUUACUGUUCCUUCCGUAAUUACAAGCUUGAUCAUAGACAAUGUAACAACCACUUUGAUGUCUCUAAGAUGGGCUAUUCCAUUAGGAAAUAUCAGUUCUUAUAUAAUCCAAGUACAAGGGACUCCAUCAAAGGAACUGAUAGUAAAUACAAAUUCUUCCCUUGUGGAUGAGUUGACACCUGGAAAUUAUUAUACAUUUGUGGUCUUUGCCACAGCUGGGAACAUGAAUGGCACAAAAACCAAAAUUUCCACAUUUAUUGUUCCUUCUGUAAUUGCAAGCUUGGUCAUAGACAAUGUAACAACCACUUCAGUGUCUCUAAGCUGGGCUACUCCAGUAGGAAAUAUCAGUUCUUAUAUCAUCCAAGUACAAGGGACUCCAUCAAAGGAACUGAUAGUGAAUACAAAUUCUUCCCUUGUGGAUGAGUUGACACCUGGAAAUUAUUAUACAUUUGUGGUCUUUACCACAGCUGGGAACAUGAAUGGCACAAAAAUAGAGAAUUCCACAUUUACUGUUCCUUCUGUAAUUACAAGCUUGAUCAUAGACAAUGUAACAACCACUUCGGUGUCUUUAAGCUGGGCUAUUCCAUUAGGAAAUAUCAGUUCCUAUAUCAUCCAAGUACAGGGAACUCCAUCAAAGGAACUGACAGUGAAUACAAAUUAUUCUCUUGUGGAUCAGCUGAUACCUGGAAAUUAUUACACAUUUACAGUCUUUGACACAGUUGGUAACAUGAACAGCACGAAAAAAGAGAAUUCUACAUUUACAGAACCUGCAAGCAUAAUUGUGAACGAUGUGUUAAAGUUGAAUGCGAAUGUGUUAACUGUAAACUGGCAGCUCUCUCAAGGCAAUUAUAGUUAUUAUAUGGCUGAAGUCAUGAUAAAUCCACCUCAAUUUUUUAACACAACAUCACCUUUCUUGAGUUUCUAUUCUCUGCCUAUUGGAGAGCUCCACAAAAUAAGGAUCUUUGCAGUCGCUGGAAAUGGUAUUCAAGGGAAAAGAAGAACAGUAUUAUUCUUGUUAUCAGAUACUCUCAACUAUACAAAUGUAUUCACUGAUUCGGUUGCAUUAGCUUGGAUGUCGACAGAUGAACAUAAUAUAUCUUUCGUAAUUAAUGUUACCGGAUCUCCAUCUGUCAGCUGGAUAGGGUCUGCUAAUCAAACACUGAUUGAAGGUUUGACACCUGGGAAUCUGUAUACAAUUCAGUUAUCAGCUUACCAAGGAAGUGAUAUGUUAUAUGGUUUUGGAAGUUCGUUAUUACUGCAAACAAGGCCUGGUGUGGUUAAUAACAUCGAGGUUGGAAAUGUGUCCACUUAUUCAGUAGACCUAAGCUGGGGUCCGCCCAUCGGACAACAUAAUUACUACAGUAUUGAAGUAAUUGGAUAUGUACUUCAGCAGCUGAAUACAACUUUGGAAUCAAUAUCCGUCCAAAGUCUCACUCCAGGAACAAAUUAUACAUUUAGAAUCCAGGCAGUGGUUGGGGAUAAUUUAUUAGGAGAUCCAGCUGAUAUUUCUUCUUUUACAAAACCUGGCAACAUCAACAUCCUGAAUAUAGAUAAGAUAAGUAACAGCUCAUUAUAUGUGAGUUGGCAGCUAACAGAAGGCAACAGAACAUCAUAUCUUGUAGAAGUAAGAGGAGAUGCACCUCAACAAUUCUAUGUGGAAUCAGAAUCAGUAAUUAUUACUAACUUAACCACUGGAAAUCAGUAUACAGUGGGGAUUUCUGCAAUUGCUGGGUCCCAGCAAGGUAACAAGUAUGAGUUCUCAGUUUUGUUGUCAGAUACACUCAGCUGUACAAAUAUAUCAACUAAAUCCAUUAAACUGUUAUGGAAUGCUCUAUCAGAGUCCAACAUAACCUAUACAAUAAAUGUAAUUGGUUCUCCACCUGGGAAUUGGUCAAAUUUUACCAAUGAAAUUGUGCUUGAAAAUUUGAUCCCAGGCAAUCUAUAUAUAAUUCAGCUAUCUGCUUAUCAAGGGAAUAACGUGUUGCAUGGUUAUGGAGGCCAGAUUUCAGUUUACACAAGACCAGAUGAAGUCAGGAAUGUGACGUUUGGUAAAGAGACAAUCAGUUCUAUAGAUGUGUCAUGGCUUCCUCCAGUUGGUAACUACAGCUUCUUCAAAGUGGAGAUUAGUGGAGUUCAAAACAUGACAAACUCAACAUUGUGGACUUUUCAAGAACUUACUGCUGCCACCCAGUACAAAAUCCAGAUCUUUGCAGUAGCAGGAGAAGAUAUAACAGGAUCUUCUGUAGUCUUUCUACUAUAUACCAGGCCUGAUGUUGUCCGAAAUCUUAGUAUCAGUUUGUUAAACACCACUAGUGUUUUCCUCUCAUGGCACAAACCUCAAGGUGGCAAAAGCGACUACAAUAUAGAAGUUUUAGACACUGAUAUAACCAUCACAAGCUCCACAGAGUCAUGCACAAUUACUGGACUUAAUCCUGGAUCCCAGUAUACUUUUCUUGUCUAUGCAGUAGUUGGAAAUAUUAAAGGCAAUCCAGUCAAUGUUUCAGUUGGAACUAUUCCUUCAGUAAUUGGAAGCUUGAUCAUAGACAACAUCACCACCAACUCUGUGUCUCUAAGCUGGCCUAUUCCAUUCGGAAGUAUCAGUUCCUAUGUCAUCCAAGUCUUAGGGGCUACAUGGAAGGAACUGAUAGUGAAUACAAAUUCUACAACUGUGGAUGAGUUGACACCUGGAAAUUAUUAUAUAUUCGUGGUCUUUGCAACAGCUGGGAACAUGAAUGGUACAAAAACUGAGAAUUCUACUUUUACAGUUCCUUCAGUAAUUACAAGCCUGAUCAUAGACAAUGUCACCACCAAUUCUGUGUCUCUAAGCUGGGCUAUUCCAUUAGGGAACAUCAGUUCCUAUAUCAUCCAAGUCUUAGGGACUCCAUCAAAGGAACAAAUAGUGAAUACAAAUUCCUCACUUGUGGAUCAGCUGAUUCCUGGAAAUUAUUAUACAUUCACAGUCUUUGCCACAGCUGGGAAUAUGAAUGGCUCAAUAACAAUGAAUUUUACAUUUAUAGUUCCUUCACUAAUUACAAGCCUGACCAUAGACAAUGUCACCACCAAUUCAGUGUCUCUAAGCUGGCCUAUUCCAUUAGGGAACAUCAGUUCCUAUAUCAUCCAAGUCUUAGGAAUUCCAUCAAAGGAACUGACAGUGAAUACAAAUUCUUUUCUUGUGGAUCAGCUGAUACCUGGAAAUUAUUAUAUAUUUGUGGUCAUUGCAACAGCUGGGAAUAUGAAUGGCACAGAAAUACUGAAUUCUACAUUUACAGUUCCUACAGUAAUUACAAGCUUGAUCAUAGACAGUGUCACUACCAAUUCAGUGUCUCUAAGCUGGUCUAUUCCAUUAGGAAAUAUUAGUUCCUAUAUCAUCCAAGUUUUAGGGACUUCAUCAAAAGAAUUGACAGUGAAUUUAAAUUCUACAAUUGUGGAUCAACUGAUACCUGGAAAUUAUUAUAUAUUCAUGGUCUUUGCCACAGCUGGAAACAUGAAUGGAACAAAAACACACAACUCUACAUUCACAGUUCCUUCAGUAAUUGCAAAACUGACCAUAGACAAUGUCACCACCAAUUCAGUGUCUCUAAGCUGGCCUAUUCCAUUUGGGAACAUCAGUUCCUAUAUCAUCCAAAUCUUAGGAACUCCGUCAAAGGAACUGAUAGUGAAUACAAAUUCUUCCCUUGUGGAUCAGCUGAUACCUGGAAAUUAUUAUACUUUCAUGGUCUUUGCCAUAGCUGGGAAUAUGAAUGGUAUAAAAACACAGAAUUCUACAUUUACAGUUCCUUCAGUAAUUACAAGCCUGAAUAUAGACAGUGUCACAACUAACUCAGUGUCUCUAAGCUGGCCUAUUCCAUUAGGCAAUAUCAGUUCCUAUAUCAUCCAAGUCUUAGGGACCCCACAAAAGGAUUUAAUAGCGAAUACAAACUCUCUCCUUGUGGAUCAGCUGACACCUGGAAAUUUUUACACAUUCAUGGUCUUUGCCACAGCUGGGAACGUGACUGGUAUGAAAACACAGAAUUCUACAUUUACAGUUCCUUCAUUAAUUACAAGCCUGAUAAUAGACAUUGUCACCACCAACUCUGUGUCUCUAAGCUGGGCUAUUCCAUUAGGCAAUUUCAGUUCCUAUACCAUCCAAGUCUCAGGGACGCCAUCAAAAGAACUGAUGGUGAAUACAAAUUCUUCCCUUGUGGAUCAGCUGAUCCCUGGAAAUUAUUACACAUUCACAGUCUUUGUCACAGCUGGAAGCAUGAAUGGCACAAAAAUACAGAAUUCUAUAUUUACAGUUCCUCCAGUAAUUGCAGGUUUGAUCAUAGAUAAUGUCACCACCAAUUCUGUGUCUCUAAGCUGGGCUAUUCCAUCAGGAAACAUCAGCUCCUAUAUCAUUCAAGUCUUAGGGACGCCAUCAAAGGAAUUGAUAGUGAAUACAAAUACUUCCCAUGUGGAUCAGCUGAUACCUGGAAAUUAUUAUACAUUCAUGGUGUUUGCUACAAAUGGGAAUAUAAAUGGUACAAAAACAGAGAAUUCUACUUUUACAGUUCUUCCAGUAAUUGCAAGCCUUACCAUAGACAAUGUCACUGCCAAUUCACUCUCUUUAAGAUGGCCUAUUCCAUUAGGAAAUAUCAGUUCAUAUAUCAUCCAAGUCUUGGGGACUCCAUCAGUGGAGCUGAAAGUGAAUACAAAUUCUUCCCUGGUUAAUUGGUUGAUACCUGGAAAUUAUUACACAUUCAUGGUAUAUGCUACAAAUGGGAAUAUGAAUGGUACAAAAAUACAGAAUUCUACAUUUACAGUUCUUCCAGCAAUUGCAAGCUUGAUUAUAGACAAUGUCACUACCAAUUCAGUAGCUCUAAGCUGGGCUAUUCCAUUAGGAAAUAUCAGUUCCUAUAUCAUCCAAGUCUUAGUGAAUCCAUUGAAAGAAUUGACAGUGAAUACAAAUUAUUCCCUUCUGGAUCACCUGAUUCCUGGCAAUUAUUAUACAUUCCUGGUCUUUGCUGUAAAUGGGAAUAUGAAUGGUACAAAAACACUGAACUCUACAUUUACAGUUCCUCCAGCAAUUCCAAACUUGACCAUAAGCAAUGUCACCACCAACUCUGUAUCUCUAAGUUGGGCCACUCCACUAGGCAAUGUCAGUUCUUAUAUCAUCCAAGUCUUAGGAACGCCAUCAAAGAAAUUAAUUAUGAAUACAAAUUUUUCACUUGUGGAUCAGCUGAUUCCUGGAAAUUAUUACACAUUCAUGGUCUUUGCAACAAAUGGGAAUAUGAAUGGUGCGAAAACACAGAAUUCUACUUUUACAGUUCUUCCAGCAAUUGCAAGCUUGAUCAUAGACAAUGUCACCACCACUUCAGUGUCUCUAAGUUGGGCUAUUCCAUUGGGAAAUAUCAGUUCCUAUAUCAUCCAAGUCUUAGGAAAUCCAUUGAAGGAACUGGUAGUGAAUACAAAUUUUUCCCUUAUGGAGAACCUGAUUCCUGGGAAUUAUUAUACAUUCAUUGUCUUUGCUAUAAAUGGGAAUAUAAAUGGUACAAAAACUUUGAAUUCAACAUUUACUGUUCUUCCAGUAAUUGCAAGCUUGAUCGUCGACAAUAUCACCACCAAUUCAGUGUCUCUAAGCUGGGCUAUUCCAUUAGGAAAUAUUAGUUCCUAUAUCAUUCAAGUCGUAGGGAUUCCAUCAAAGGAACUCAUAGUGAAUACAAAUUAUUCUCUUGUGAAUCAUCUGAUACCUGGAAAUUAUUAUACAUUCAUGGUGUUUGCUACAAAUGGAAAUAUAAACAGCACAAAAACCUCAAAUUCUACAUUUAUGGUUCUUCCAGAAAUUGCAAGCUUGAUCAUAGACAAUAUCACUGCCAAUUCAGUGUCUCUAAGCUGGCCUAUUCCAUUAGGAAAUAUCAGUUCCUAUUUCAUCCAAGUCUUGGGGACUCCAUCAAAGGAACUUGUGGUGAAUACAAAUUCUUCCCUGGUUAAUCAGUUGAUACCUGGAAAUAAUUAUACAUUUGUGGUGUUUGCAACAAAUGGGAAUAUAAAUGGUACAAAAACUUCAAAUUCUACAUUUACAGUACCUGGUAACAUCAACAUUGUGAAUAUUAAUAAGAUAAGUAACAGCUCGUUAUAUGUUAGUUGGCAGCUAACAGAAGGCAACAGAACAUCAUAUCUUGUAGAAUUAAGAGGAGAUCGGCCUCAGCAAUUCUAUGUGGCUUCAGAAUCAGUAAAUAUUUCUAACUUAACCACUGGAAAUCAGUAUACAGUAGGGAUUACUGCAAUUGCUGGGUCCCAGCAAGGUAACAAGUACGAGUUCUCAGUAUUGUUGUCAGAUACUCUUAGCUGUACAAAUAUAUCUACUAAGUCUAUGAAACUGUUGUGGAAUGCUCUAUCAGAGCCCAACAUAUCCUAUACAAUAAAUGUAAUUGGUUCACCACCCGGGAAUUGGUCAUAUUCUAUCAAUGAAAUUGUGCUUGAAAAUUUGAUACCAGGCAAUCUUUAUAUAAUUCAGCUAUCUGCUUACCAAGGGAAUAACGUGUUGCAUGGUUAUGGAGGUCAGAUUGCAGUGAACACAAUUCCUCCAGUUAUUGAAAACUUGAUUAUAGACAAUGUCACUACCAACUCGGUGUCUCUAAGAUGGCCAAUUCCAUUAGGAAAUAUCAGUUCCUAUAUCAUCCAAGUCUUAGGCACUCCAUCAAAAGAACUGAGGGUGGAUACAAAUUCUUCCCUUGUGGAUCAGCUGAUACCUGGAAAUUAUUACGCAUUCAUGGUCUUUACUACAAAUGGGAAUAUAAAUGGUACAAAAACACAAAAUUCUAGAUUUAUAGUUCCUUCAGCAAUUGAAAGCUUGAACAUAGGCAGUGUCACCAACACUUCGGUGUUUCUAAGCUGGCCAAUUCCAUUAGGCAAUAUCAGUUCCUAUAUCAUCCAAAUCUCAGGGACUCCAUCAAAGGAACUGAUCAUCAAUACAAAUUCUUCCCUGGUUGAUCAGCUGAUACCUGGAAAUUAUUACACAUUCACAGUCUUUGCCAGAGCUGGGGACAUGAACGGCACCAAAAUUGUAAAUUCUACAUUUACAAUUCUUCCAGCAAUUACAAGCUUGAUCAUAGAUAAUGUCACCACCAAUUCAGUGUCUCUAAGCUGGCCUAUUCUUUUAGGAAACAUCAGUUCCUAUAUCAUUCGAGUCUUAGGGACUCCACAGAAGGAACUGAUAGUGAAUACUAAUUCUUUACUUGUGGAUCAACUGAUACCUGGAAAUUUUUACACAUUCGUGGUCUUUGUUCAAAGUGGGAAUAAGAAUGGUACAAACACACAGAAAUCUACAUUUACAUUUCCUUCAGCAAUUAGAAGCUUGAUUAUAGACAGUGUCACUACCAAUUCAGUGUCUCUAAGAUGGCCAAUUCCAUUUGGAAAUAUCAGUUCUUAUAUCAUCCAAGUCUCAGGGACUCCAUCAAAGGAACCGAUGACAGUGAAUACAAAUUCUUCCCUUGUUGAACGCCUGGUACCUGGAAAUUAUUAUACAUUCACAGUCUUUGCCACAGCUGGGAAUAUGAAUGGCCAGAAAACUGUGGAUUCUACAUCUACUGUUCCUUCGGCAAUUGAAAGCUUGAUCAUUGGCAAUCUUACCAACACUUCAGUGUCUCUAAGAUGGCCUAUUCCAAUAGGAAAUAUCAGUUCCUAUAUCAUCCAAAUCUUAGGGACUCCACAGAAAGAACUGAUAGUGAAUACAAAUUAUUUCCUUGUGGAUCAGCUCAUACCUGGAAAUUUUUACACAUUUGUGGUCUUUGUUACAAAUGGGAAUAUGAAUGGUACAAACACACAGAAAUCUACAUUUACAUUUCCUUCAGCAAUUGAAAGCUUGAACAUAGGCAGUGUCACUACCACCUCAGUGUCUCUAAACUGGCCAAUACCAUUAGGAAAUAUCAGUUCCUAUAUCAUCCAAGUCUUAGGAACUCCAUCAAAGGAGAUCAUGGUAAAUACUAAUUAUUCCCUCGUGGAGGAGCUGUUACCUGGAAAUAAUUAUACAUUCAACGUCUUUGCCACAGCUGGGAAUAUGAAUGGCCCAAAAACUGUGAACUCUACAGCAACAGACUCCAGCAGCUUGUUUUUAUCAAUGACCUAUUCUACAAAUAAUAGCAACAUACAAAAUAAAAUUAUUCAACAGGUACAACAAUUCUUAAGCAAAACCUUUCCUGGACAGAAAAUAACAGUUACAUUGAAGAAAAUGUCAAAAAUGUGAUAAAAAUAGUAUAUUAAAUGAUAUAAUAAAGUAUUUGUCCUCAGAUCAACAAUAUCCAGUCUCCCUAAUUCAGCAUACUGUCUAAACCUUAAAAAUCUUUAUUGCAAAGACAUUCUGGUACGGGUAUGGGCUCCGUUAUCCAGAAACCCCUUAUCCAGAAAGCUCCAAAUUACAGAAUGGCCAUCUCGCAUAGACUCCAUUAUAAUUAAAUAAUCCAAAUUUUUAAACAUAAUUUCCUUUUCCUAUGUAAUAAUA